CAAAGAUACUCUCAACUAUUCGAUAAUCCAAAAGCACAGCGGAGAGUGUUCACCAUCUUCACCGCCGAGGAACAUCCGAACAAGAGUAAUCACAUUGUUGCUCUGAAAGUACUCUUUAAGAGCCAAUUGCAGCAAUCCCAAGUUGUUCAUCAACUUCGGCAGGAAGUUGAGAACAGUUCUUCUGAUCUCCGAUUUCAGUGAAUAUAACAGCUUGAAGAUAUUGAAAGGGGUGCACGUGAGAGACCAGCUCACCCUAAUUUUGCAUAAUAGACCACUGACUCAAGCUUCUCUUAUACGGGGAAUACUAUCUUCAAUUCAUCAGUAUGUUCAGUUCAUCAGGCAUGGCAGAUGGAUCUGGUAUGUUCAAGGUUCAUCAAACAAUUGGCAGUGUUCUGUGUUGCAAGUGUGGAAUUCCAAUGCAGCCAAAUGCUGCUAGUAUGUGUGUUAAGUGUUUGAGCUCGGAAGUUGACAUUACCGAAGGAUUACUGAAGCGGUUAGUGCUGGUGCAUUGCCCUGAGUGUGAGAGUUACUUGCAGCCACCAAGAAGUUGGGUCAAGCUACAGUUAGAAUCAAAGGAGCUGCUGACAUUUUGCUUGAAGAAAUUGCAGAAAAAUUUUAAUUCUAGUAAAGUGAGGUUGGUACAUGCCGAGUUUAUUUGGACUGAACCCCAUUCGAGGAGGAUAAAAGUCAAGGUCAAGGUUCAGAAAGAGGUUAUCAACGGAGCAAUUCUUGAACAGUCUUAUACCGUGGAGUAUGUUCAACAAGAGCAUAUGUGUGAAUCUUGUUCUAGGGUUCAGGCUAAUCCUGACCAGUGGGUUGCUGCUGUGCAACUUAGACAACAUGUUUCUCAUAGGCGUACUUUCUUUUAUCUAGAGCAGCUAAUUCUGAAACAUGGUGCUGCUGCCAGGGCUAUAAGAAUCAAACAAAUGGAACAAGGUAUUGACUUCUUCUUCUCCAAUCGAAGUCAUGCAGUUAAAUUUGUGGAGUUUGUUGGGAAAGUUGCUCCCAUAAGGAGCCGCAGUGAUAAGCAGCUAGUUUCUCAUGAUCCAAAGAGUAAUAACUACAACUACAAAUAUACAUUCUCUGUUGAAAUCAGCUCCAUUUGCCGUGAGGAUUUAAUCUGUCUGCCUCCAAAAGUCGCUGUUAGUUUGGGAAAUCUUGGUCCUAUUGUGAUUUGCACCAAGGUUACCAACAGCAUUGCGCUGCUUGAUCCAUUUACCCUGAGGCAUUGUUUCUUAGAUGCUGAUCAAUACUGGAGAACAUCCUUCCAGUCAUUGCUUACUAGCAGACAAUUAGUGGAAUAUAUAGUGUUGGAUGUGGAGGUUGUUUCAUCUGAGGUUACUAUUGGUGGCACAAAAUAUCGCUUAGCAGAUGCUCAAGUUGCUCGUGUGUCGGAUUUUGGCAAGAACGACACAAUAUUUAACAUCAAGACCCAUCUGGGCCAUCUUUUAAAUCCUGGUGAUUAUGCUCUUGGUUAUGAUCUGUAUGGGGCUAAUAGUAAUGACAUGGAGUUGGACAAGUACAAAGGGCACAUACCUGAAGCAAUUUUAAUAAAGAAGAGUUAUGAAGAGAAGCGCCAAAAGAAACGUGGGAAGCCUCGAGCAUGGAAGCUUAAAUCACUUGAAAUGGAGGUUGAUGAUAGGAGGCUUGAUCAAGACAAAAUGGUCUCAGAAUAUGAACAAUUCUUGAAAGAUUUGGAAGAAAACCCUGAUAUGAGGUUCAACAUAUCAUUGUACCGAAACAAGGAGUACCAGCCAUCAGAGAUGGCAUCGGUGACUGAUGGCGAUGAGCUACCUUCUGUUCCAUUGGAUGAAUUAUUGGCUGAUCUUGAUCUGAGUGAAGAUGAAGAUGAAGAAGACAACAUGACAGAAUGAACGAAAGCUUCUUCCUAUCUUGAUAUAGUACUUCUCUGGAAUCUUUGGUUUCUUUCUUGUUUAUUGAAAGAAUGAUGAGAUGGUAAUUUUUCAGGCACUUACAAAUAGCUUGCGUUAACAUUCUUUCACUAUUUUGGUGUUGAAUCAGUUCAGCUUUCUCCAACCUUUGUUUUUUCGAUAAGGGAGACAACUUAAGAUCUUAUCAUGUUUUAUUUUUUCAAACCAGUUUGUCUGAGAUGUCUUGUUUCUUUUAUGUAAGUUUUACAGAAUUUUUGAGGAAAGAUGAGGAGAAUUUCUCGAGUUAUGAGUGA